GUAUGGCAUUGCUUAUGUCAUGAGAUGAUUUAUUUUUAUUUUUCUUGACAAUGUAAACGUUGAGCCGUACGUAAACAACUGAAGUAUUCGAUAAUAUAUGGGGUGUUGUAAUGAGACAGCCGCUUAUUAAGUAAACAAAUGGAUUAACUUCAUAUACUACAUUAGGAAUGGAGAUCCAACUAAUUAUAAAAGCUCCAAACCAAAAUGUAGAUGAUUAUAUUGUAAAUUGCAAUUUGGACUGGACUGUUGAACAAUUAAAGAAUCAUUUAUCACAAUCAUAUCCAAGCAAACCAGAAGUUGGGCAGCAAAAAUUAAUAUAUUCAGGAAGAUUUCUUCAUGACCAUUUGCAGUUGAAGGAUAUUUUGAGACAUGAUGAUGAUCAAUAUUCUAUUCACAUUUUUCAUUUAGUCUGCAAAAGUGAUUCUACCACUACUUGUAUUCAGCAUUCCAAAUCUAGUCAAAAGCGGUACAAUCAGCCAUCAUCUUCAUGUUCUUCGAAUGAAGUUACUGCAGGGCAAUCUUCAGAAAAUGCACUUAGGCAUAGAAAUGUAAACCCUAUGUCACAUGUGAACUCUUUUUAUCCUCAACUACCCACAGUAUUACCUCCUUCUGCUAUGUCUGGUUUUGUGCCUGACUCUCAGGCUUCAGCACAGAUUGCAGCUAUGCAGCAGAUGUAUGCCUAUUAUUUAAGUCAAUAUAUGCAAAGUAUGAAUAUUGGUUCCAUGCCAGGAAACAAUGUAGAUUUGCCCAACCUGGUGAAUUUUCAACAGCCUCCUAAUACCAAUGAACCUGUUGCUCCUUCUCCUCCUCCUCCUCCUCCAAGGCCAAUAAACCAAAGAAAUAACAUUCAAGGCCCAUUAUUAAUGGAUGAAAAUGAUGAGGGAGUACGCAGGGACUGGUUGGAGCAUGCUUUUGUUUUGCUUCGAUUUUUGAUUCUUUUUUGCAUUGUCUACUUUUAUUCCACACCUGAGAGGCUAAUGAUUGUUAUGGUUGGCACAAUUGUUAUAUUUCUUUAUCAUGAAGGAUGGUUUGUGAGACGAGGCAACCCAGCAGCUGCUCCUGAGCUUUAUGUACCUCAGGGACCUAUCAAUAAUCUUGAUGUGCCUAAUAAUGAAAUUGAAAACAAUGGAAAUGAACACCCUCUAGUCAAUCAAAAUGUUGGUGCCAAUUUGGAAGUGCAUAAUGAACAUGAAUUGGAAGCUGCCAUGGAUGGAGAGGAACCUCCACAUGCUCAAAAUCCAGAUGUAGUUAAUAAUAAUCAUAUAUUUUCACCACUGACAUUUCUACAAAUUUUUCUCUCUUCAUUAAUUCCAGAUCCUCCACCACCAGUUAAUAUUAACUAAAUCGGAAUAAAUAUUCCUCCUAUUAAGCCUUAACAUUUAGAUGUUGCCUUUUUCGAGUUUUAGUUUUAUAUACAUGUACAUAUGUUAUAUGUUGUUAUGUUAUAUAUGCUCUUGUUAGACAAUUUAUAUUUCUUCUCAUAUCUGUGUGUGGAAUGUUGUUUAUUUUAUUGCUUUUCUUAAAAACUCUGAACCUGUAAAAGUUGUAUGGCAUUUUUGAAGUUAUGUAAAAUACUUUAUCUGCAGAAACUCUACUAUAUAAUGAUCUUUUAAAUUAGUUUUUACUUUUGAAGGAAAAAAAAUGCCUUAUAUUCAUAUUAAAUUAUUAUUUUGUGAUAUCAAUUAAAUUUUGUUGAGUUUCAUGUCAUUUUGCUUAUUUUUUGCUUUUACUGCACACUUCUCUAGUUAGAUUUUUAAAAAUAUAUUUUAUGUGCUUGUUAUUUUCUUUUGAGAAAAUAGGCUUCAUCCUUGAAGAUUUAAGUGACUGUGGAUAUGCCCUUUUCUCUAGAAAAAUAUUUUGUCAAUUUGUAUUUUUUUAAAAAGUCUUGUGCCUUUGCCAAUCUGAAAGGAAAUAAAUUAUAUAUAUAUACACAUAUAAUAUGUAGAUAACUUCUUUUGAAUUUUAUUUAGAACUUAAUGUAACCUUUUAAAAUUCAAUUCAAUUCAAUUAAAAUCGAAAUUAAUGUUUGUUUCAAGAUCACAGCAUAUGAAACUAUAAUUUGUUUUUCCUUCAUGUUGUUUGAAUUAUUAAAGAAUCUUGAAGAAUAUUUAUUUAUUAUUUAUUGAUGCUGUCUAUUUAUUUAUUAUGACUUAAUAAUUUGAUAAUGAUUUUAAUGGUUUGAUAAUCUUAUAAAAUUUAUAUGAAAACUGUAUUGCAAAGUGCAUUGAUUAAAUUUAAAAUUUAUAUUAGAUAGAUACUACUUGGAAUUAUUUAAUAUUUUCCAUUUUUAAAAAAUAUUAUUUUCUAAGACUCCAUAAGCAAACUUUGAGAAUUGUUUUUUCAAAUGGCUGUUUUUAAUUUGAUAUUGAUAAACAUUACCAGAAUAUUUAAUAAAAAAAUACUUUUUCAAUACUAUUCUCUUUAUUGAUAUCUGCUGAAUUUUGCCAACUUCAUGGUUUUAUGUAUUAUGUGUUGAGCUGUUAUUUUCAUAAUUGGUACGAUAGUUUUGCUUUUGAUUAUCAUACUUAUUUCUAAAUUAAUCAUUUGAAAUAUAUUUCUUAACUGAUUGUCUGUAGAAGCCGUAUUUGUAUCUCGUUAUUUAUUUAUUUUUCUAAUUGAUUUUAUGUAAUGCUUCAAAAUGUUUUAGUAAUUUUUGCAGCAUAUGUUCCUCUCCCCCCCCCUAAAAUAAGGAAUAUGCAGUUUAUUGCUUACUCAUUAAGCAAUUGAAAGGAUUUUGCUUUCUUUGUGAUGCAUUUUAUUUUUCUGAAAAUUAAAACAUGCAAUUACAUAGGCCCAAGAAAAUAAACUGUAGCAAAAGUGACAUUAUGAUAUUAAAGUAUCUAAAAUACGGAAAGGAAUUAUAAGAAAUAAAAUCUAACUUCACAUUUCCAAGCAUGACACAUUUGUGCAGAAUCACAGAUUCAAGCAUUUUUUGACUUGGAUUUUAUCAUUCUUGAAACAAUUUUCUUUUAUGUAGUAAUUCUACAUUACUUUUUAUAUUUCAAGCAUGUUUUGCAUAAAUAUACAUUUUUAAAAUUCAGUUAACUGUGCAUAUUUUAUUUCUUGGUACAAAUGUGUAGCACAUUUCAUUAUUUUAUGAAGUUCAAUUUUAUAUAUUCCGAACCCGUGUCAUGUCUGAAUUUCAUUUUUGCAAACACUUUAAGCAAAUUUUAUUCCUGGUCAAGUUUAGCUUAUUCUGUUUGCCUCUUUUCAGGAAAUUAAAGCUUGUGAUUCUGAAAUCCAAGGAAUCAGUUCUCUCAAUUGAUUCGAGAAUUUACUUAUUUUCUUUUAUAAUGAAAGAUUUAUGUACAAGAAGAAUUUUAAAUUUUGGCCAAUUAAAAUAUUAUUUCAAUU